AUGUUUGACAACACGCAGUACCCCUAUAACUGCUUUAAUUAUGAUGGGGAUGAUUAUCCUACCUGUAGUUCUGACGAAGAGAAAAAAUUCACCAGACCGGCGUACAGCUACAUUGCCUUAAUUGCAAUGGCCAUCCAGCAAAGUCCGUCAAAUAAAGUCACCCUCUCUGGCAUUUAUGACUUUAUAAUGAAGAAAUUUCCUUACUACAGAUCAAAUCAAAGAGCCUGGCAGAACUCCAUCCGACAUAACUUAUCACUUAACAGUUGUUUUGUAAAGGUUCCCAGAACAGAAGGGAAUGAGAAGGGGAAAGGAAACUAUUGGAGCUUUGCAACGGGAUGUGAAUCCAUGCUGGAUCUCUUUGAAAAUGGGAAUUACAGGCGAAGACGGAGGAGGAGGAACGUGAAAAGGGAACAUAAGGAGCAGAGACCAAGCAGAGGGAAAAGUCCUUCAUCCCCCGAUAUGUCUUCUAUGGACUCUGCUUUAAACAACAUUUCCUCUUCUGAAAGUAAACACGAAAGAAUGGAAUCGGGACCAAGACUACUGGAGCCUCGUGGGUUUGCUCCAAACAGCGUGACCAACAGGCAGAGCCUAAGCAAUUCCUCCUUAGCAAAAUCGGAUUCUGAAAUUAAAUUCAGCAUCGAUUACAUUCUUUCAGCCCCCGACCCUUUGCCUGUCCUGAGAUCUCAGUAUAAUAUGCAAGAAAAUAAAUAUCAUCUCCUGGAGGCCCAGCAAAUUAAUCUCCAGUUCUGGACAAUGUGA